AUGCAAUAUGAACAUACAUGUUAUAGUGAUUCAUCUGGUAAUAUAUUAUAUAAUAUUUUAUCACAAUUUAAUCGACCUUAUGCUUAUGCUAUUGCUGGUACACCACAUUUAAUGUUCUAUGAUCGUAAUCAUACGCGUUGUUUUACAUUAAAAUAUAUAAUUGACCUAACAAUAAACUGUCCAUUCGAAAUGUAUUUACCUGAAAUGAUUUAUCCUAGACCAAAUGGUUAUAAUAUUACUUUAACAUGUGGAUUAGAGUCAACCGUUAAUUUAGAUGAUUCGAAUUUAAUCGAUAUUUAUUCAACAAAUUUAACUUCCAAUGGAUGUAUGCGAAUCGUUAAUAUAUGUCGAUGUUAA